UUUUCCCUUCCGUUCUAAGUUGGGUGCCCCCCCCCCCCCCCCCCCACCACCACACACACACACACACAAUCUCUUAUCUCUAUAGCACUUUGUAGAUGUAUGUCGAUGGUCUAAUCAAUAUCAAUGAUGCUAAGAUCAAUCAAACCCACUUGCAUCUCCAUUUCAAGAGGUGUGGUUGCUUCAACUUUCCAGUUUGGCAGGUUCUCUUCCAAGACUUCAAGCAAACUAGAAGGCAAAGUAGCAUUGAUAACCGGAGCAGCUAGCGGCAUUGGCAAAGAAACCGCAACCAAAUUCAUCGACCACGGGGCUAAGGUGGUGAUAGCCGACAUCCACCACCACCUUGGUCACACCACCGUGGCACAACUCGGCCCAAACGCCUCAUUCGUAGCGUGCAAUGUCACUCACGAGCCUGAUAUCGCCAAUGCAGUCGACUUCACAGUAACUAAACAUGGAAAACUCGACAUCAUGUAUAACAACGCGGGGAUACCAUGCCGGACCGCACAAUCCAUAGUUGACCUCGACCUCGAUACUUUUGACCGUGUCAUGUCAGUCAACGUCCGGGGCGUACUAGCAGGGAUAAAACACGCAUCACGAGUAAUGAUCCCCCGUGAAAGUGGGUCCAUAUUAUGCACUGCCAGUGUGACAGGAAUAUUAGGCGGUUUGUCCCAACACACUUAUUCGAUAUCAAAGUUUGCGGUUAUCGGCAUUGUGAAAUCGUUAGCGUCCGAGUUGUCUCGACAUGGUAUUCGGAUCAACUGUAUAUCGCCUUUUGCGAUCCCUACAGCGUUUGUUAUGGACGAAAUGAAAGAGUAUUUCCCGGAAGUUGAAGAUGAACAAAUAGUGAAAAUGGUGCAUGAUGCAGGGGAAUUCAAGGGGGGUUAUUGUGAGCCUGUUGAUGUGGCGAAUGCUGCUGUUUAUCUUGCUUCUGAUGAAGCUAAGUUUGUUAACGGUCAUAAUCUUGUGGUGGAUGGAGGUUUUACAUCUAAGAAAACCAUAAAGUUUAGUGUACCAGAUCAUCAUUGAUUUGUGAUUACAACAAUAAUUUGUAAAUCUAAUACUAUGUUUAACAAGGUUAAGCGAAGUUGUUUAUGAACAAUCUCUAGCCAUUGGUCACUAUACCAAUGGCUGAUCCAAGUUUUUUUUU